AGUUGACAACAAAAACAACUUUACUGGACGGUGGCAUAGCCACCAGAAUUUCACCUAACACAACACAAAAAUGUGCCAAUUUUCCUUCCUAACACCUUAACCCUGGCCCCAAUAGCCCAUCUUUCUACCUCGGCAUCUUGAAAUUAAUUCAUCUUUUAAAUCUUGAACCAAGAACUCAUUGCUUCGCACCAAAUUUGUUUUUUACGUUUGUGUAAUCCAUGGCCAAGUCUAGUAGAAUAUGCCAUCUUUUGUUAAGGUUCUUGGCUUUUUCAGCCACCCUUUCAGCAGUAAUUGUCAUGGUUUCUAGCCAUGAAAAAGCUACUUUCUUUACUGUUUCCUUUGAAGCAAAAUACACCAACUCUCCAUCCUUCAAGUACUUUGUGAUUGCAAACUCUGUUGUUACUGUCUACGGAUUUUUCAUACUCUUUCUUCCGGCAGAAAGCUUGCUCUGGCGACUCGUGGUCGCCACGGAUAUGGUGUUGACCAUGUUACUCAUCUCAAGCAUAUCUGCAGCGUUGGCUAUAGCUCAAGUGGCAAAGCAAGGAAACAAUUAUGCAGCUUGGUUACCAAUAUGUAAUUCAGUCCCCAAAUUUUGCAAUCAUACGACUGGAGCUUUAAUUGCGAGUUUCAUCGGAGUAAUUAUAUACAUGAUUCUUCUGUUGCAUUCCAUUCAUAGGGUCCUUGACCCUCUCCUCUUGAGAAAAACUUGAGCAGGCCUUUAGAAUUUCAAGUUUCAUACAAAUCAAAUAUUAAAAUUUGUCGUUGUUUUUCUUUGUUACAUCAAAAUUUGUUGUUUGGUUCAAGUAUUUGAAUUAUUUUUAUUUUCAAUUUUUUUUUUGUUUAGACAGUAAUGCAAUUCUCUUGUUUUA